AAUAUUUGCUGACACUUGCUGACUUCUUCUGCUAUUGAUGUUGUGAAGUGUGAACUGUGAUUCAUAAAAAAGUCACAGACUUGACUAAUGGAGGAAUUGCGAAAAUAUGUUGCGUGCAUUUUACAGCGAGUGGAUGGUCUUUUGGCAAUUAUUAUAACUGACCGUGAUGGUGUGCCUCUAGUCAAAGUGGCUCUUGAUUCUGCACCCGAGAUGGCCCUUAGACCAAGUUACCUUUCCACCUUUUCAGCUAUGGCAACAGAUCAAGCUGGAAAGCUUGGAGUUGGAAAAAAUAACAAAAUCAUUUCUAUCUAUUCAAAUUAUCAGGUGAUUCAAAUGAACAAGAGUCCGCUGACAAUAAGUCUGAUUGCCAGCAAGACAGCAAACACUGGACAACUGGUCAAUUUGGAAAAUGACCUUUUAGUUGUUGUUAAUGAUCUAGCUUCUUCAGUUGUUGAAUGAAACAAAAAAAAAUCAUUUCAAUUCAUGUUACAAUUUUCAUCAUAUCUUGAAAAUCAUGGGAAAUUGUUUUCAUCCGUAAAAAAAACCAUGUUUAUUCUUCCAAUCAAUUUUUGUGUUUUUCCAGUUUCGUUCCAACAAUAUCCAUUUAGAGGGCGUAUCACUUGACCUUGUGUUAGAUCGAAUGUCAUUAUUACAUAUGCCGUAGUGUGGCGCCUUAUUUCGGUCAUGCGAUCCCACAUUGGCCAGACAAAUGAACGUCUUGGAUUACACUUGAGAAAGCAUUA